UUUUUAAUGUUAUUUUAAUUAUUUCAUGUUUCUUUGCGGCCUGGUAGCAAAUGUGUCAUGGACCGGGACCAGUAGUUGGGGACCACUGGUCUAAAGGACAGGAAAUAAAAGCCUGAGAGAGAGAAACGGGCGGACUCUGGCUAUCUUCUUAAGAUAAUAACAAAAUAUUUUUAACACGUGGGACAAAAGUCAGCUGGGAGUCAAAUACCACACCCAGAUUUUUUAUGGACUGUGUUGGUUGAAAAUCUUGUCAUUUUGGUAAAAGUUUCUCCCUCUGGCUUUCAGAACAUUUAACUAAAACCUGUUUUGUCCUGGUUGAGCUGAAGGAAAUUCACUGCCAUCCAUGACGUGACUACGAUGCAGAAUGAUCUUUGGCUGUUGUCACCUGAGCCUCAGCUGGUCAUCCUUCCUCCAAUGGGAAGAGCAGACUGGAGGGAUUAGCUCCUCAGAUUAAGGCAUCCAUCCUAAUCCUGCCAUCUGUCAGAGAGCAUCCGACCAGGCGUCGCGCCACGCUCAGCUCCCUCUUGGCCCAGAAGUCCAGAAGGAAGAAGGCGAUGGAGGAGACGUACCUUCUCAAGCACCCUGGGGUGAAGAAGAAGAUUCUGUCUGGAGGCACUGGCCCUCUGCCUCACUUCCCACCUGGGACCAAGGUGGUUUUCCAUUUCCAGACGCUGCUGGACGACUUUGAGCGCACCGUCAUCGACGACAGCCGAUUGGCCGCCAGGCCGGCGGAGCUCUUUGUGGGAAAGAUGUUCAAGAUGGAAGUCUGGGAGACACUGCUGUCCUCCAUGCGCGUCGGAGAGGUGGCCGAGUUCUGGUGCGAUGCAGUUCACACAGGUUUGUACCCCAUGGUGUCAAAGGGGAUGCGGAUGAUCGCUCAAGGCAAAGACCCCCUGGAGGGCCAGAAGCACAUGUGCGGCAUGGGGAACCUCUUCCACUAUCAUUCCACCGGCUUCCCAGAGCUGGACGAGCUGAUGAGGACUCCUCAGGCUCUCAUCUUCAUCAUGGAGCUGCUGCAGGUGGGAGACCCCAUGUCCUACCACAGAGAGUCCUGGAUGAUGGAGAAGGACGAGAAGCUGAGCACGGUGCCCGUCCUCCACUCGCAGGGCAACACCUUGGUCAAGCUGCAGAGAUUCGGGGAGGCGGCCAGCAAGUACAAGGAGGCCGUGCUGCUGCUGAAAACGGUCCAGUCCAGGGAGAUGCCGGGCCACGUGGACUACAUUAACCUGGCACGCAUGAUCCUUCCCCUGGAGCUCAACUACUGCCAGUGCAUGCUGGAGCUGCACGAGUACUACCAUGUGAUCGAGCACGCCAGCCAGCUGCUGGACAAACACAAAGACUGUGUGAAGGGGUACUACAAGCGUGCCAAGGCCCAUGCUGCCGUGUGGAACGAGAAAGAAGCCCGCAGAGACUUCAAGAUGGUGGCCCACCUGGACCCCACGCUGGCCUCCCUGGUCCACAGAGAGCUGAGGACCUUGUCGGAGCGCAUGAAGGAGAAGUACUGGGAGGAGAAGGAGGUGUACUGGAAGAAGCUGGAGAGGCAGGAUGGUGGCAGUGAGGAGGAGGAGGAGGAGGAGGAGGAUGUUGGCCCAGGAAGAGUAGGAGAUGAAAGGCAGGACAAGGACUGGCAGCAGAUGUUACGUCUGGUCAUGCUGCUGCAGGAUGAAGGCAACUUCCUGCUGAAAGACAAGCGCUUUGAAGAAGCUUCUGGAAAGUUCAAGGAGGCCAUUGGCUAUGUGGACUUCCUUCAGAAUAAGCAGUUGCAGAGCGGCCAUGAGGACCAUGAGGACUGGGACUCCCUGGAACGAGUGCGUCUGCCUCUGACGCUCAACCUGAGCCAGUGCAUGCUGGAGCUGCAGCAACACCAGGAGGUGGUGCAGCUCACUGACAAGCUGCUGGAGACCCAUCAAGGUCACUUCAAGGCCGUGUACCAGCGAGCGCGGGCGCACGCCGCCUUGUGCAACGCAGACCAGGCUCGGCGGGACUUGGCCGCCGUGGAGAAGAUGGAUCCCAAAUUCAAGCCUUUUGUCCGCCAGGAGCUGAAGAAGCUGGGGGAGAAGAUCCGCUGCAGACACGCCCGCCAGAACAAGACUUACUGGGACGCCAGCAGGGAGAAGUGGGGGCCCGGGAAGGGACGCCCAAAUAAGGAGGGAGAAGACGGCGUCGCUGGCGAGGGGGAAGAGGACGACACAAAGCAGGGCAAGGAGGAUGGUAACACAGGUGUGCUCGAAGACAGGUGUGCUCAGCCCACUGAUGGCGACGCCUCAGCGUGAAGAGAAGGUCAAAGGUCAGUGAAGGAUAUUGAACAAGGAAGUGGAGUUCUUGUUGUAGCUUAGUUUAAGAGGGGACAGAAGACCAAAUACGAGAUACCGUAUUUUUCGGAGUAUAAAAAUGCAUAAUAAAGAAGGAAAAAAACAUAAGUCGCACUGGAGUAUAAGUCGCAUUUUUUGGGGUAAAUGUAUUUAAUAAAAGCCAACAGCAAGAAUAGACAUUUGAAAGGCAAUUUAAAAUAAAUAAAGAAUAGUGAACAACAGGCUGAAUAAGUGUACGUUAUAUGAGGCAUAAAUAACCAACUGGUAUGUUAACGUAACAUAUUAUGGUAAGAGUCAUUCAAAUAACUAUAACAUAUAGAACAUGCUAUACGUUUACCAAACAAUCUGUCACUCCUAAUCGCUAAAUCCCUAAAUACGUCUAGUCCAGGGGUCGGCAACCUUUACCACUCAAAGAGCCAUUUUGGAAAGUUUCACAAAUUAAAGAAAACAAUGGGAGCCACAAAAAAAUGUUGAAAAUUUAAAAUGAAAAACACCGCAUACAAAGCUUAAAUUGCUUUGCGCUAUGUUAACCAGGGGUCUCUGACACAUCUUAAUAUGGAAAUGUAAUGUUAGUGCGGCCCGCGACUUUUAAUUGAAUGGCGCUUGAUAGCGUUUUUCUUGCCAACCCUCUCAAAUUUCCGGGAGACUCCCAAAUUUCAGGACGUGCUGGCACUGCUUACAGCGCCCUCUACAGCCUGCCCAAACAGCGUACCUGCUUGGCCACAUGUUGAAU